UACUUCUGCACACGUAGCCUCUUGAACAAUGAACUGUUACCCUUAAAAGAAGCGAUGAGUGACACAUUUUCGGUAUGCACAUCGUACCAAUGAACGAUAAGCCAAUUAAUUAAGCUGAUGCCUAACGGUCGCAAGUAUCAUCGAUUCGUAUCAAUUGGUCGAGUUUGAACGCGCUCACAGCGUAAAAUUCUCUGGAACGAGCGAUUAGGGAGUGACAGGAAAAUAUAACGAAAACAACAGAGAAGCAGGGAAAACAGCAAGAUGCCGAUUGAUUAUUAUUACUUUCCGCCAAGUCCACCCUGUCGCACCAUUAUGCUACUUGGAAAAGCAUUAGGCAUUCACUUUAACUUGAAGAUCGUAAAUAUCAUGAAGGGGGAGCACAUGAUGCCGGAAUUUUUACAGAUUAAUCCGCUGCAUACAAUACCAACCAUCGACGACAACGGCUUCGUUUUGUACGAAAGUCGUCCUAUCAUGGCUUAUUUAGUCAGCAAAUACGCAAAAAACGACUCGCUUUAUCCGAAAGAUCCGAAAGAAAGAGCAAUAGUUGAUCAAAGGAUGUAUUUCGAUGCUGGCCUUUAUACCAAUCUUAUGAAAUGUUACAUGCCGGUAUUACGAGGUCUAGCCAAUUCCGUUAACGAGGCAGCUCUGGCUCGAGUGGAGAAAUCGUUCGAGGUGCUCAACGCUUUUCUCGACGACAAAGAAUUCGCGGCCGGUGACAACCUGACCAUCGCUGACUUUACUAUCAGCACAACCAUCUGUGUGAUACAGUGUUUUGACUUUGACAUCAGCCCUUACGAUAACGUUGCCGCGUAUUACGAUCGUUGCAAGGAAAGCCUGGAGAGAUUCGGGUUCGAGGAGGUGCACGCUAUGGGUGUUAAAGCGUUUACCGAGAUGUACCACGCGAACCUGCAAGAAUCUAGUUACUACGCGCCUCCAGAGAAAAAUUGUGCAGAUUUCAAGAUGCCCAUCGAUCUUUACCAAGUUCCCGGAAGUGCGCCAUGUCGGGCAGUGCGCUUGGCGGCAGCGUCCGUAGGAGUGGAUAUAAACCUAAAGUACACCGACCUCAUGGCCGGCGAACACCUAAAACCCGAAUUUAUUAAGAUGAAUCCACAACAUACGAUACCUACUCUGGACGACAAUGGUUUAUAUCUGUGGGAAAGCCGCGCGAUUAUGACUUAUCUGGCUAAUCAGUAUUCCAAGAAUGAUUCCAUCUACCCAAAAGACCCCAAAAAACGAGCCGUGGUUGAUCAGAGACUGUACUUCGACUUGGGAACUCUGUACCAAUCUUUCGCCGAUUAUUACUAUCCAAUUUUAUUUACCGGUAUCACUCCGGAGCAAGCGAAAUGCGAUAAAAUUAACAACGCCUUAGGUUUCUUGGAUAAAUUUUUAGAAGGGGAAAAUUAUGUGGCGGGAAAAACUUUAACUCUCGCUGAUCUUUCCAUAGUCGUCACCAUUGCUAACUUCAAGCUUAUGGACCAUGACUUGAGUAAAUAUAGCAACAUUCAGAGAUGGUUUGCCAAGAUCCAAGCAGAAAUUCCUAAAUAUAACGAAAUCGAAGGCGAGGGUACGAAAUCAUUCAAAGAGUUCAUCGACAACAUUAGAAAGAAGAAGAACGAAAUAAUGCCUGUGUUAUAUUAUUUGCCUCCGAGUCCACCUUGCCGAGCUGUCAUGCUCGUGGCAGAGGCAAUUGGGCUCGAAAUGGAGUUGAUAGUACUGAACACAAUGGCUGGUGAGCAUUUGACACCGGAAUACGAGGAGUUAAAUCCGCAAAAGACAAUUCCUUUCCUAAUUGACGACGAUCUCAAGCUAUCAGAAAGUCGAGCUAUCAUGGGUUACAUGGUUGAUCAGUACGGACCGGAUGAUACUUUAUAUCCGCGGAAUCCAGAAGCGCGUGCUUUAGUUAAUCAACGAUUAUACUUCGACUAUGGUAAUAUGUUUGCGAGUGUUUUUGGUUAUUACAUGACUGUGUUCAGAAAGGAAGCCGAUACUUAUGAUCCAGCAGAAUAUGAAAAACUAACAAAUGCCUUCCAAAUGUUGGAAAAUUUUCUUGAAGGACAAGAUUAUGUGGCUGGAGACAAUUUAACGAUCGCCGAUCUUGCCUUGGUUGCGUCCGUAACCACAGCAUUGGUAAUUUUAAUGGCUUUUGGAUUCGAUUUGGAAGAAUACAAAAAUGUUUCUGACUGGUUAGAGAGAGUACAAACGACUACACCUGGAUACGAUAAAGCUAAUGGUGAACCUGUUGAAAUGUUCAAGCAAUUUGUUCAGAGUGUUCAAGGCAACACAGAAGACGGAGAAGAAGGCGGAGGAGAAGAAGAAAAUGAAUAAUAUAUUAAAUAUUCAGUUUUCAAGCUGAAACAAUAGAUAAAAUAUUUGCGUGCUACUAAUUAAAUUUUAAAUAUAUAAAUAAUUGUGUAAAACAAUUGCUUAUCAUAUUAUAAGCUUUUAUAAAAAAACACUCGUAUUUAACAUAAUUAUUGUUGCUUUUUAAACGAAGAUUUUUAAUAUUUUUUUAGUAUUUUUUACACAUAGUUUAUAAACACGAAAUUAAAAAUAUAAACAAAUGCAAAAUGAUUGUAAGCACAGCACGAGGUGUAAAACAAAUAAAUUAUCACUGUAAUAAAAAUAAAUUUUGAUGUCAUA